AUGAGCGAGGCCAAGAAGCGCCGAGUUGAAGGUGUCCGAGGUGUCCAAGAGCCUCAAGCGGCGAUGCAAUUGCUGACGAGCGUGUGCGUCGUGUGUCGGGACGACCCUCGAAUCGACGCUCUGAGCCACGUGACCGACCUGAUCGACGCCUACGUUGACUACUCCAUCCACUGGACGCUCCCGAACGCUGUCAAGAAGGCCACGAGUGCCCACUUGGUCAAGCGUCUUCUGGGUCGCAUGGAUUCACUGAACGAAGAAGACAGACGCCUGCAGCUCGAACAUGCCAUCGAGUACGCCGCAGCCAUGGGGAGUCUGCCCUUCACGCAGCAAUUGCACGAGAACUUAUCAACAUUCCCGAUAAGGUUGGAUUACGAGGUGGCGGUCGCCGCCGCGUUGAGUGGGGACUUGCCGCUGCUCAAAUGGCUCAAGGCCAACGAGCCGUCGCUGUUCGGCCGCCCGGAGUCUUGGGCGGAGCAGGUGGCCUUCGACGCUGCAUCGGAGCGCGGGUGUCUCGAGACGGUGCAGUGGCUAGUGGAGACGUUCCCUGAUGCGGCGUGGUCGCUGGCCCCCGCGGCACUUGGUGGACACCUGAACGUGGUCCAGUGGCUGCACCAGCACGCGACGCUCGACGGGGUGCAGCUCAACUUCCCUGAGGGGACAACAGUAUUCGUCGAAUAG